GCUGCGUGCGCGAUCACGCGCCGUCUGCAGGGCAGUCACGUGACGUCGCGCUCUGUAGUCGCCACGCCCCGCUGCUCGUACGUGCGCGCUCACGUUCAACGCGUGGUUCUUUCACAUUGCCACUGAAGCCGGUUGGUCUAGGAGUGGAGUGGCGCGCGUCGAGCGGCGGUCUUUUAGCAGCACAUUGCGGCGGAUUUGAGGCGUUUGUUAGCGGAGACAUGGCCACCGAGGUGGAGACUCUCCUGCCGAGGAACGCGCUGCUCCAGCAGGAGGAGCAGAACCGGGGCCAGCCCGAGAAACACGGAGGAUUCCCGCUGAAGGAGCAAAGCCUCAAGCGUGCGAAAGACGAGAGCAACAUCCAGGAGAAGGAGGAAGAAGACGCCUCGAAGAAUGAGUUUACCGAGGCUCCUCCGCCCAGAGUCAACCCCUGGACGAAGAAGACGAGCGGAGUCAACCACGAGCAUUCUGGGCCUACGAAGGUGGUGAAGGCGGGAAACACGAGAACGAGACGCGGCGGGAAGGUGGGGGAUUUUGGAGACGCAAACAACUGGCCGACCCCUGGAGAGAUGGCUACGAAGGAAGUCCAGGUGGUGAAGUCAGUGGUCAAACGAGAGACCAAAGACAAGAGGGAACAUGAAGAGAGCAAAGAAAACCUGAAAGCCAAAUCAGACGACUCUGGAGAAGAGAAAAACACUGACGAGGAGUCGCAGAGAAAUGGACAAAAAAAGCGAGGAAACAAGCACAAGUGGGUUCCUCUGAGGAUCGAGGUGAAGUCUGAGGGUCCUCGCGAGCGCUCGGCCUCCAGGAACAACACACGACAGUUCGACGCUCAUCGAGUUCCUCCGAACGCCAGAAACGACCUGAGAGACUGGCACAGUGGGAAGUUCGAUCAUGAGUUCAAGGACGAUCAUGACGAGGUGUCGAGUGUGAAGAGUGAGGGAGCGCCGUACAGAAACACUGCCAGGGGACGGGGGCGAGGACGGGGACGAGGAAGAGGACGAGGACGAGGAGCCGGCCGAGGUCAUUAUGACUACUAUGGCUAUAAAGGCUACGAGGGGAAGGACGGAGCUUGCGGUCAGAAGUUCAACAGUAAAGUGACCUACUAUUAUGACAACAUGAGCAGCGCUGAGCUGUACGCUGUGGACCAGGACCUGCUGAAGGACUACAUCAAGAGACAGAUUGAAUACUACUUCAGCGUGGAUAACCUGGAGAGGGAUUUCUUCCUGCGCAGGACGAUGGAUGAGGAGGGCUUCCUGCCGCUGGCUCUGAUCGCCAGCUUCCACCGAGUGCAGGCGCUCACCACAGACUUCAGCCUCAUCACAGAGGCGCUGAAGGACAGUAAGGUGGUGGAGAUCAUCGAUCUGAAGAUCCGCUGCAAGCACGAGCCGGAGAAAUGGCCCCUGCUCGCUUCUCACACAGACUUCUCUCAGUUAAUCGACUGCCCAGAGUUUGUUCCCAGGAACGCUGUGGAGGAUCACACAGGUUCUCCGAGGGCCUCGGCGCCGCUGCGCUCCAAGACCAGUGAUGUGAGUAACCUGAAGAUGAUGCCCAAGGGUCUGUCCGCCAGUCUGCCCGAUCUGGACUCGGAGUCAUGGAUCGAGGUGAAGAAGAGACCUCGGCCGUCUCCGGCGCGACCCAAGAAGACGGAGGAGGCUCGGACGCCGGUUCAGAGCGCCCCGACCGCCGGAGAGGAGCAGGACGAGCCCGAGGAGCUGGACUUCAUGUUCGACGAGGAGAUGGAGCAGAUAGACGGCCGGCGCAACACUUUCACCGACUGGUCCGAUGAAGAUUCGGACUGUGAGAUCGACGACCGAGACGUCAACAAGAUCCUGAUCGUCACCCAGACGCCGCCGUACCUGCGCAAGCAUCCCGGAGGAGACCGCACCGGGAACCACACCUCACGCUCCAAACUGACCAGCGAACUGGUCAAAGUCAUCAACGACGGCCUGUAUUACUACGAACAAGACCUGUGGGACGACACGUACGAGCCCGAAUACGCCACCAUCAAGCAAGAAGUGGAGAACUUCAAGAAGGUGCACCUGAUCAGCCGAGAGCAGUUCGACUGUCUGACCCCUGAGCCGCCCGUCGACCCCCACCAGGAGGUUCCCCCCGGACCCCCCCGCCCCCAGCAGAUCCCCACAGAAGCGUUAGCUAACAAGCUGUUCGGAGCGCCGGAGCCGUCCGCUAUAGCCCGCUCUCUCCCGACGGCCGUGCCCGACUCUCCCAGCUACCGCACGCCUCGCACGCCCCGCACGCCGCGGCUCAGAGACCCCACACAGACACCGCGCUUCUACCCUGUGGUGAAGGAGGGACGGCCGCUGGACGCUAAAACGCCUCGCAAGAGGAAGACGCGGCACAGCUCCAAUCCUCCGAUGGAGUGUCAUGUGGGCUGGGUGAUGGACUCCAGAGAGCACCGCUCACGCACCGCCUCCGUCAGCUCCAAUGCGAGUCCGUCUGAAGGCACCCCAGCGAUGGGGAAUUACGGCUGCACUCCUCAGUCUCUCCCCAAGUUCCAGCACCCCUCUCACGAGUUACUGAAGGAGAACGGCUUCACGCAGCACGUCUAUCACAAGUACAGGCGGCGCUGUCUUAACGAGCGCAAGCGGCUGGGCAUCGGUCAGUCUCAGGAGAUGAACACACUCUUCCGCUUCUGGUCCUUCUUCCUGCGGGAUCACUUUAACAGGAAGAUGUACGAGGAGUUCAGACAGCUGGUGGUGGAGGACGGGAAGGAGGGCUACAGGUACGGUCUGGAGUGUCUCUUCCGGUUCUACAGCUAUGGACUCGAGAGGAAGUUCAGGCCGGACAUAUUUAAAGACUUUCAAGAGGAGACCGCCAAAGACUACGAAGCAGGCCAGCUGUACGGACUCGAGAAGUUCUGGGCCUUCCUCAAAUACUCCAAAACCAAGAACAUGGAGAUCGAGCCCAAGCUGCAGGAGCAUCUGAGCAAGUUCAAGCGCCUGGAGGACUUCAGGGUGGAUCCCCCGAUGGAGGACGGUGGGCGUAAGAGACACCCGUCCAGCGGAGACAGCCGUCGCCGUCCUCCCUCACACGCCUCCAGCCGGACACACACACAGAGAGAUGAAGCCAAAGCCCCGGGUCAGAGAGCAGCGCCGCCCAAAUGAGCUCCCCACGGUCUUCCUCCUCCUCCUCAUCCUCUCAGACGACACAGAGAGCACCAGAACUACUUCCCCUCUCUGUUUUAUUAAAGACUGAAGUUUUAUUCCUCUUGUAUCAUCGGCUUUAGUUGAAUCUUCCUGCUUUAUAUCCUCCGUAGAGUCUGAUUAGGCCGAACUCUUGAUCUUUAAGGAUUGCUCUUGACUAGAGUCGACUCUGGAUGAGAUCUGCAGCUCUCGGAGGCUUCCUCCAGGUGUCUGUUACAGAAGAUCACUCCUGCGCUCCUCGUCCUCACAGUUUGAGUUAAUCCUACUGUACAUAUGAAUUCAUCAAAUUAAGACAUUACACCGCCGGCUGUACGUGUCAUUUAUUGUUUAUAGAGAUAUAUUUGCCUUCCGUCUGAGCUGGAUGUCUUCACGGGUUUGUUUUAGCAUCACUUCUUGAUUUUCUUCAUGAGAACAGCAGGACGCUCUGUCUAAAGGGAAGCUGAGCUGGAAUCGUGAAGACAGACACUAUUAAUGAUGAUUAUAAGUGAUGCAUCUGAUAACUUCACCCACGGCAUUCACAUCAGAAGCAAUGUUCCUGAUCUAAUUUAUGAGUUUUGCUGCCAUAUGAACAUCUUGUUUGUCUGCUCCUGAAGUUUUCAGUUGGUUUGGUUUCCAUUCAUCUCUCUUCGGUGAUUGAUUUUGAUUUUAUUUUGGUUUUAUCGACACGUUUAGCAGUGCCCUUCUCAAUAGGCUUCUUCAUUCAGAGUAGAUGUGGUCAAAUCCUGAUAAUCUUGUGAUCACUGAUGUAAUUAAAACCUUUUAUUCACCUCA